AUGUUGAAGAAACCAAACGAAUAUAAAUAUGGGGAAGACGACCCGAGCGAUCUUUUUGAUGACUUGCACGACAUUGGACGCCAGGAUUUGUGCAAUAAAGUAAAAGAUAUGUAUGAAAAGCUGAAACAAAGCAAGUCGGGUAGCCUCAGGCUCGGGUCAGAAAGUCCUUCAGGUCCAGGAACUUCCGGUCACCAACAAUUAACUGGACCACCUGAUAUAGGAAGCCAAGGUCCUGGUCUAUCCCCGGGCACACCUCUAUGUCAGACUCUAGGACAUCAUCCACCACAUACAUGUAACAGUCCAGGAUAUGGUCAAAGUCCAUCCCCAGGUACAUCCCAAAGUCAGCCCCCAGGAUGUGGUCAAAGUCCUACAAAAGCUUAUGAACCACCAAGCAAAGCUCCUGGCUCACAGUCUUCAAAUUCAUUUACCAGUGGCAACAGAUACCAACACUCUGAAUCAAACCCUAAUCCUGGAGCUGGUAUAGGAGUCCAAGGCCCCAGUCAAUCCCUUGGCACACCUGAAGGUCUGCCUCAUACACAAUAUCCACUGUCUUCAUCGAGCAGCCCAGGAAAUGGUCAAGGUGCCACUUCACAUGGAGCAAGAGCUCCUGGAUCAACAUCAAGGUUACCUGAAUCAUGGCAUCCACAUUCAACACCACCAGCCUCUCCUAGCAGUGGAAAUACAGGUCAGAACUCAGGAUUAAGUCAAAAUCCUGGAUUAAAGAGCAAAGAGUCCCUGCCAGUAAUUCCGGAAAAUGCACAAAUAAACAGAUCAUAUACUGAAGAGGCACAUUCAACCCAUUUAAGCUCACCAAGUUCUCUCAAGAGUAACGAAUCUAAAAGCAGUCUUGAAAGUGUUGCUGACCAUGGCUUGAAGAGUUCAGAGCCACUCAGAACAAUGGAAAGUGGCUUGGUACCAGGUCAAGGUAAGACCACUUCAGUUGUUCCUGCUCAACUCUCUCCUCCACACACAAAUUCAUUCAUCAUCUCAUCAUCACCAUUAAUGAGCAAUGAUCCAAGUGGAAUUCAUCAUGCCAAUAAUGAUAGGGAUGCCCAACUUCAUUAUUCCAGACAAGGAUCAGUGAUAAGUCAUGCCAGACCCUUGCGCAGCAGUAGUGCAGCAGGAUCGAAUGAGCUGACAGAUCCAGAGAUUCCAGUACCAACACAAUCUUCCUUUCAUCAGGCUGCUGAUACCAGCAAACACACCCUAGAACAUGGGGUCCAACCAUCCUCAACACCAGACAGCCUAAAGGAUGCUAUUCAACGUAUGGUAGAUUUCAGUCUUAGUGAGGCUGAAGAGAUAGCUGCACGUAAUUCGCACCAACAGCAGCCUGUAAUUGGUGAAGGCGACACUGCCAGAGAUAGUGCAAAUACUUCUUCUGGAGCUGAGGAUCUUCCAGUAGAUGUUGUCAGAGAUUCUGCUUCAGAUCCAGAGCAAGUGGGUGAUUCUACAGUCGGGGCUCUGGCCGCUUCCCUUCUAGACUUCCACCAACCUCCAAAAGAGCAGAGAAAUCCAGUGACAUUGAGAGACUACCAGAAGGAAUUGGCUGACCCUGGAAUCCAAGGGGUCAACUACGUAAUAUGUGCUCCAACAGGUUCAGGCAAGACCAUCACAGCAGCUAACAUUUGCUAUGAAAAUAUGAUGAAAAUGAAGAAAGCUGGCAGAGAAGAAGACUUCAAAGCCAUCUUUAUUGUUCCCACCAGGCACUUGAAGAAGCAGCAGCGAGAUGGCUUCCAAGACCUGUUUGUUCCUGGGCAGGUAACGUCCCUCGCAGAAGGGCAGAUGUUCAGUGAGGCCCUUGGGAGAGGCAAUGUUCGAGUCUUGAUGAUAACUGCCCAGGUGCUGGUGAAUGCCCUGACCCAGAAUGAAUUUAAUAUAAGUGAUGUGUCCAUGCUGGUAUUUGAUGAAUGUCACCACACCACCCUAAAUCAUCCAUACAAUGAAAUCAUGAGGUAUUACUUGAAAGAAAAGAAAGCUAUUCUGAUUCGGAAAGGAGUACGUGAAGAGCAGUGGCCUAUAGGACUUCCCUCAGAUGUAGGUGGAAUACCUCAGGUUGUUGGUUUAACUGCAUCUGUUGGUACGGGCACAUCUAAUGAUGCACAUGGUCACAUAGUUACACUAUGCGCCAACUUGGAUAGCUUUGGCGUCAAGACCGUGACUCAAGAAGAAAAUAUUGUUGAAUUGACAGAACAUAACAAGCCGCCAGAGAAGGAUCAGAUACUCUCUACCCCAAAGAGGACCCCAACACCCGAAAUCUCUAGGUUCAUAUCAAUUUUAGAAACCAUCAUGGAGGAGAUUGAGACCAAAGUCCUGGCCAAGCACCAGAGUGACUACAUCAGUAAAGACGUCAUUGCCGCAUCCCCAAUGUUUGGGACACAGGAGUACGAGAAUUGGAUCGCGAAGAUUCGUGUGCAUGCAGAGCUUCGCUUCCCCAACCUUGAAAUCUGUGCCAAUUACCUCUUUCAUCUCAACCUUGCCCUCAUGCUGUAUGAUGAUUUGCGGGCUGUGGAUGCUCUGGAGUCCAUCGAGGUCUUCAAGCUGAAGACAAAGGGAAUACAGGAUGACUUGCCCGAUGGGAGACACUGUAGGCUGAUCUAUGAGAAGAACCUACAAGAGCUGAAGGAACUGGCGAGAAAAGAGAAUCCGUUGUCCAAUCCUAAAUUACUGUGCCUUCAUGAAAUGAUAAAGAAGGUUUACACCAAGGAACCUGAAUCAAAAGGAAUUGUUCUAGCAAGGACUCGAUUUGCAACACAUGCUUUGUUGAAUUUCAUCAAAGAGUGUGAGGAAUUGGCAGAACUGGACCCUCCAAUUCUGCCAGUACGAAUAGUUGGACAGAGCAGAGAAGUCGAUCAAGGGCUUACACUAGCACGACAAGAUGCUGCUUUGAAAGAAUUCAAAAGUGGUCGCAAAAAUCUUCUUGUUGCCACUGAUAUUGUUCAAGAAGGUCUGGAUAUUCCUGCUUGCAAUUUAAUCAUCAGGUACAACUUCGUCAGCAAUGAGAUCGGGACAGUGCAAGCAAAGGGACGAGCGAGAAAAGAAGGCUCCAAAUGCUUCCUCAUAGUUGAAAGUGGAUCGGUUAACGAAGGAAGAGAACGCAAGAACCGAGAGAGUGUAUUGGAGAUGGAUGAGGCAAUCAAGAGAGCAAAUGAGUUACCACCACAUGAAUGGCACCAUCAAGUACGUCAGAGACAGCUCUCCAUCAUUGAAACCAUCGAAAUGAAAGAUAUGAAGAAAAAGGAACAACAAGAAAGGAGCAAACAAGUCAAUGUCAAGCUCCUGUGCAAUAAAUGUGAGAAGUUCAUCUGUAAAUCAUCAGAUCUGGAGAGAAGGUUAUCCAACUACACUUGUCUAGAUAGCUCUAUCAGUGACAGGACACAGAUUGUUCGACAAGGCCUGAUGGAAUUCAGAGAGUCCAGGACAAUCGGCCUUGUAAAGUGUAAAUGCGGAAAUCUACUUGGACAAGCGUUAGAGUUCAAACGUCUUCACACAUGGAAACCAGGAUACAACCUUAGUCCUAAGAGCUUCUUCUUCGUUUACAAUGAUGACCCAGACAGCAAGACAGUCUUCUCUAAAUGGAAGAAGGUCGAUUUUCCCAUCGCUUCCGAGGAGCAGUAAGCAAGAGGAUGAUCCACAAAUUGGCCACUCUUGCUAUAAAAGCUAUAAAACCCUAGGGCCCCAUCUUACAGAGAGUUAAAGUUGAUCUGAUAAACCUCAAAUGUACCGGUAUGGAAAUCCAUUAAUGACAUAUUUCUUUCUUUUGGAAAUUUGCGCAAUGUCCUUUGUAAACAAA